AUGCCAUCACUCUACCUCACCAUGAUUCUGGCCAUCUUUGCCUCCGCCAUUCUCCCGAUCAGCACCUCUGCACUGCCCCAGUCCGACCUCUCCAAGCGAGACACGAUCAAAUUCUGUCCGGGCAUGAACAGUCAAAUCUGGGACUCCCCAAGCGGCGCCACUACAUGGAAGCUCAGCUGUGACAGAGACACCAUCAACGAUGGCACCGAACACGCGAUGGUGCCGGUUUCGGGAGGCACUGAUAGCUUCGAGGACUGCAUCAAAGUCUGUGGCAAUGCCAAUAACAACAGGUGA